AUGGAUGAAUCGUUUUUGCUAAUGCUCUCAAAUCUCCUCCACCUCCACAACUCCAUCGACCCAACAACCUCCCUCCUCUCUACCACCACCACCUCCUCCCCCUCCCCCACCUCCUCCUCCUCCUCCUCCACCCCAACCUCUCUCCUUACCUCUUCCUCCGCCGCCCCUCUCCUCUUCUUCACCAUCGCCUCCGUCCUCUCCUUCAUCGCCACCUCCCGCCCCAAACCCUCCCCCGCCACCGCCUCAACCUCCGGCGGCACCUCCUCGGCCACCGCCUCCGCUAUGUCCGUCUCCGCCUUUCGAGCCCUCGCCACCGAGCACAUCUGGUCCCUCGAAGCCCCUCUCCGCGACGCCCAGUGGCGUUCCCUCUACGGCCUCUCCUACCCCGUCUUUACCACCGUCGUCGAGAAGCUCCGGCCUCACAUCGCCCUCUCCAACCUUUCCCUCCCUUCCGACUACGCUGUCGCCAUGGUCCUCUCCCGCCUCUCCCAUGGCUUCUCUGCGCAAACCCUUGCCUCCCGCUACUCCCUCGACCCUUACCUCGUCUCCAAGAUCACCAACAUGGUCACCCGCCUCCUCGCCACCAAGCUCUACCCGGAGUUCAUCAAGAUCCCGGUCUCCCGCCGCAGACUCAUCGAGACCACCCAGGCUUUCGAGGAGCUCACAUCGCUUCCCAACAUGUGUGGCGCCAUUGACGGAAGUCCAAUCAAGCUCCACAAGCACAACUUGCCUGGAAACUACAAAUGCAAAUAUGGGUACCCUUCGGUUUUGCUCGAAGUUGUGGCUGAUCACAAGAAAAUCUUCUGGGAUGUGUGUGUCAAAGCUCCAGGAGGCACAGACGACGCAACCCAUUUUAGAGAUAGUCUUCUGUAUAAUAGGCUGACUUCUGGUGAUAUUGUUUGGGAUAAGGUGAUCAAUGUGAGGGGUCACCAUGUGAGGCCUUACAUUGUUGGGGACUGGUGCUAUCCCUUGCUGUCUUUUUUGUUGACACCCUUUUCCCCAAAUGGGAUGGGAACUCCUGCACAGAACCUGUUCGAUGGAAUGCUUAUGAAGGGAAGGUCUGUUGUGGUUGAAGCAAUUGGAUUGCUGAAAGGGAGGUGGAAGAUUCUGCAGGACCUCAAUGUGGGUCUUAAUCAUGUGCCCCAGACAAUUGUUGCUUGUUGUGUGUUGCAUAAUUUGUGCCAGAUUGCGAGAGAGCCUGAACCGGAGCUCUGGAAGGACCCUGAUGAGAGUGGGGCGCCACCGAGGGUGCUUGACAGUGAGAAGUCGUUUUACUACUUUGGGGAAAGCUUGAGGCAAGCAUUGGCUGAUGAUUUGCAUCAGAGGCUUUCGUCGAGAUAG